AUGACUCCCAGGGAUAGAGUACACGUUUUCUACGGUCUGAUUGUCCUGAUGUCCAUGAUGGCCAGCAGCACCUUCGCCGCACCAGUGCCGUUCUUUGGCAUCCACGUGGGGAAAACGCAUUACCCUCCCGUGUACGACGUGUCACCGUACGUGUACCUGGGGUCAGUCCAGCCCAACCCAGUCUCCGCCUCGGCUUUUGUCACUCCCGAAGAAGUCUAUCCGAGUCCUCCAGGUGGUGCCUUCCUCGAGGCACACAUUGUGAAAACCCCUGCAGUGUCUUAUGUACCGGCGCCAGUAUUGUAUUAAACACUAAUCGGCC